CUUGUGAUGACUUGUGCCUUCCUUCACACUUGGGCCAGCUGGUAGCGUGUUGUAGCUAGACAGUAAAAAUGGGAUGAAACUGGCAAUAAUUGUAAUUGUUUAGUUAAGUUAGUUAGUUGGUGACGUUGCCAUUUCCUGUUUCUUGUGGUCUCUCAUUCCCAUCAAGCAGCAGCUGCAUCUGACGGUCGGACUACUCUAAAGAUAAGGUUCUUGAGAUGGGGCUGAGGCGACAAGUGGGGGGCGGAGAUUCGGAGCGCAGUUCCACCAGCAGCAGUCCAGAAGGUUCAGACCUUCAAGGAUUGUAUCACCCUCACCACCACAAAGGACCUCCAGGAAUUGGCCAAGGGGAGGGUGACGACGAUGGCGACGAUGCUAUUGUCGCCCUGUUUGAUAAACCCGAAGGAUGGGGGACACGUCAUACAAUGGCGAUUAUGGGGUUUCUGGGUUUUGCCGCAUCCUACGCUAUGCGGGUGAACCUAAGUUUUGCUAUCGUGUCAAUGGUGAAUUCCACGAGGUCCGGAGAUGGUGGUACGUCAGGGUCAGACGUAUGCAAAAAUCUACUCCCAAAUAAUUCCCACCUCACAACGACGUCAUCCUUAACGGAAGAAGGUGACGCUUUGACUGAUGGAGAAUUUAACUGGACGGGAGAAGAACAGGGUAUUAUUUUGGGGAGUUUCUUCUGGGGGUAUGUAAUCACACAGGUUCCAGGCGGAAUGCUGGCGGAAAGAAUUGGUGGAAAGUGGCCUUUUGGUAUUGGUAUGCUGAUUACUGCCAUAUUUUCAUUAGCCACACCAAUCGCUGCUCGGAGUGGAAAAGGGGCCCUUAUUUUUGUGCGCAUUAUCCAAGGUUUAGGAGAGGGUGUUACUAACCCUUCAAUGCAUGCCCUCUUGUCAAAGUGGGCACCUCCUUUGGAAAGAAGCAAACUGGGUGCAUUUGUGUAUGCAGGAACACAGAUAGGCACCGUAGUAGCUCUGCCGUUAAGUGGAUACUUGAUAAGUUCUAAUAUUUGGGGUGGUUGGCCAUCAGUAUUCUAUACUUUUGGUAUAUUUGGGAUCGUCUGGUUCAUAUUUUGGUGCAUAUUUGUCUUUGACGCUCCUGCUACUCAUCCCCGAAUUGAGGCCAAGGAGUUAUCCUACAUUCAACAUUCCAUUGGAAAUCAGGCAAACAGAAGAUGUUCAACACCAUGGAAGAAAAUGUUGACAUCGAUGCCAGUUUUAGCAAUCCUUGUAGCCCAGACAGGCCACGGUUGGGGUUUGUAUACGUUACUUACAGAGCUACCGACAUACAUGAAGACAGUGCUUCAUUUUGAUAUAAAAAAUAAUGCGUAUUUAUCGGCCCUACCUUAUUUUGCCCAAUGGGUCGUAUCUAUUGCAUGCAGUCAACUUGCAGAUUACAUGCGAGAAAGAAAUAUUGCAAGUACAACCACUGUCCGGAAAUUGUUCAACACGAUUGCUCACUGGGGACCCGCAAUGGCAUUGAUCGGUGCUGCCUACUCUGGAUGUGAUCGCGUUUUGACGGUCACUUUGCUGACGAUAGCGGUGGGAAUAAAUGGAGCCGCUUGGGCAUCUUUCCAAGUUAAUCACAUCGACAUUGCCCCCUCUCAUGCAGCGGUAAUGAUGGGUGUUACCAACGGAUUUGCAAAUCUCUGUGGAAUUGGGGCACCAUAUGUAGCCGGAGUAAUAAUUAACGAUGGGGCAAGUUUGGAUCGUUGGAAGCUGAUUUUCUUUAUAUCUGCUAUAAUCUAUGUCAUUGACAAUAUUGUGUACCUGAUUUUCGCAUCAGGAGAGGAACAGCCUUGGAAUCGUGGAGACAAACUAUCAGAUUAUGACGAACAAACUGCUCGAGAUCCAUUGUUGCCAUCACGGAGUGGAUUAUUUUCUGCGGAAUCUACUAGAUCAGGGACCCAUACACCCUAAAAACAAAAUAAUAAUACAUUCAAAUUUGAUAACUUUUAGUACUUAUGCAAAGUAUUAAGUAUGGACAAGUCGACAUUUUUUGUUUAUUGUUAAUUAAACAGUCAUUCCUACGUCUAGUCAAUGAAAAUGAAUCAAUAACUAACAUCUCAACCGACCAAGAAAUGAUGACAAUCUAUAAAAUCAUUAUGAAUGCAACGAUGCAAAUGCAAAAUUAUAAAAUUAUUUUAUGUAACGUAAAAAGAGAUUAUUUAAUAUUACAGCCUUUUAAUCGUGUCGUAUACUAAACCUGAAUUUGCAUACGUUUUUAAAUAAAUUUUACAUAAUCACAUGG